GGCCUCAAAUACGUUUCACAAAUGAAUUUCUCGCGCAUGACAACGUUGUCGGUGUAACAUACACUCUCUCCCUCUCCAUCUGACUCACCCUUGGACACUCGCACCUUCGGACUCAGAAAGCACAUCUCGCACGGCCACCUAACAGAGGAAGACCGGAUCCCUCCGCACCAGACAACACAAUCCUUUCAAACCACAGCGCGGGCGCGUCCAGGUUGACGGGGGAGGGACAGUCACGGUGCCAGGCCCGAAAUCCGCCCUCAGAGGAAUCCGAGGUCCGGAAUUCAGACCCAAAAUUCGGGUCUGAGCCUUGGAAACGUGGAGGUUUUGACAUCCCUCGAGGCCCGAAAGAAGCUGCGCAGGUGCAUCCCGAAGCCUCGGGGAAGAUUUACCUGGUUCAGUUCCGGGGAUUUUCCCUUUCGGACUACGUUUCCCAGAAGACACUGCGACCAAAACUACUUCCGGUAGGAACGUCGACUGAAUGGUCGGUUUCAGAGGUCGGGGAGGCGAUUACCUCACCAGUGAGUGUGACGGUCGAGGCGUGUGGCCUCGCCUGGAAUGGGAAUCAGAAUUUGGACCAGAGCCCUUCCUGAGGAUGCUGAAGCAACAGUUUCUUUGGACUGUGAGUUUCUUCUAAAGUGGAACUAAGAAGAGGACUGAUAAAUACAUUGAGUUCGAAAAAAAGCCAUGGCCCAUGGGUUGGUGAUGUUCAAAGAUGUGGCUAUAGAUGUCUCUCAGGAGGAAUGGGAAUGCCUGAACCCUACGCAGAGGAGUUUGUACAGAGAUGUGAUGUUGGAGAACUAUAGCAACUUGGUGUCACUGGGACUUUCUCUUUCUAAGCCAGCUGUGAUCUCUUCAUUAGAGCAAGGGAUGGAGCCCUGGAUGGUUGUGAGGGAAGUGACAGGAAAACAGUGCCCAGACUUGGUGUCCAGGUGUGAGGCCAAGAAGUUAUCUCCAAAAAGAGAUAUUUUUGAGACAGAGUCGUCCCAAUGGGCUAUCGUGGAAGAAUUUAAAGGUCAUAAUCCUGAGAAAUCCAUUUUCAGAGAUCUUUGGGAAGGCAAUACUCAGUUUGAGACACAACAGGAAAGAGAGGGCUGUUUCAGGCAAUUUGUUAUCAACCAUGAGCACAUGCCUGUAUUUAACCAACAUUCUUUACUAACUCAGGAAUUUUAUAAUAGAGAGAAAAUCUUUGGAUGUAAAGAAUGUAGGAAAAACUUCAGUUACCAUUUAUUUUUUAGUGAUCACAGAAGAACUCAUUCUAAAGAAAAAUUUUCUGAAUGUAAGGGAUAUGCAGAAACUCUUAAUACAUCAUAUCUUACUCAACAGAGAAUUCAAAAUAGUAACAAGUGCAGUGAAUGUAAGGAAUGUUGGAGGGCUUUUAUUCAUUGUCCACAACUUAAACAACACCUGAGAAUCCAUAAUGGUGAAAAACGCUAUGAAUGUAAAGAAUGUGGGAAAGCCUUUAAUUAUGGCUCAGAACUUAUUCUGCAUCAGAGAAUUCACACUGGCGAAAAACCUUAUGAAUGUAAAGAAUGUGGGAAGGCCUUUCGGCAACGAUCACAGCUUACUCAACAUCAGAGACUUCAUACUGGUGAAAAACCUUAUGAAUGUAAGCAAUGUGGGAAGGCUUUUAUUCGUGGCUUUCAACUCAGUGAACAUCUACGACUCCAUACUGGUGAGAAGCCCUAUGAAUGUAAAGAAUGUGGAAAGACUUUUAGGCAUCGCUCACACCUUACUAUACAUCAGAGAAUUCAUACUGGUGAGAAGCCCUAUGAAUGUAGAGAAUGUGGAAAGGCCUUUAGCUAUCACUCAAGCUUCUCUCACCAUCAGAAAAUUCAUUCUGGCAAAAAACCUUAUGAAUGUAGUGAAUGUGGGAAGGCCUUUUGUGAUGGCUUACAACUUACCCUACAUCAGAGGAUUCAUACUGGUGAGAAACCCUAUGAGUGCAAGGAAUGUGGGAAGGCUUUUAGACAGUGCUCACACCUCAGAAGACAUCAGAGAACUCAUACUGGUGAGAAGCCUCAUGAAUGUAUGCUAUGUGGGAAGGCCUUUAGACUUCAUUCACACCUUAUUCAACAUCAGAGAAUUCAUACUGGUGAGAAGCCCUAUGAAUGUAAGGAGUGUGGGAAGGCCUUUAGCUAUCAUUCAAGCUUCUCACACCAUCAGAGAAUUCAUUCUGGGAAGAAACCUUAUGACUGUGGAAAGGCCUUUAAUCAUGGCUUACAAUUUAACAUACACCAGACACUUCAUACUGUUGACAUGCCAGUAAGGUUUCCUCUUCUCUCUCCCCAUCCUAGUUUAGCAUCAUGAAAUUAUUUUUAGCAAUUUAUGUUUUCUUUUUUUUUUAAGAUAAAAGUUGGUGAAAUACUGAAUUUCAUUAGUAUUGAUUUAUUUCAAUGAUCCUUGAGGAAAAAAUAAAAAACUUCGGGGCACCUGGGUGGCUCAGUCGGUUAAG